AUGGCGUCGGGCGCCGCCAGGUCGUCGCGGUCGCGCCCCGCCGGCCACUCCGGCGUGCUCCCGGCGGGCGCCGCGGCGGCGGGCGGCGUCGGCGUCGGCGCCGGGGUGCAGCUCGCCGACAAGCUCAAGAUCUUCAAGACCGACAAGUUCGACCCCGACUCGUACGUGCAGUCCAAGUGCCAGACCAUGACCGAGAAGGAAAUAAGGCACCUGUGUUCCUAUCUGCAAGAUCUAAAGAAGGCUUCUGCUGAAGAGAUGCGCACAAGUGUAUAUGCUAACUAUGCUGCAUUCAUCAGAACAUCAAAGGAGAUAUCUGAACUUGAAAGGGAGCUGCUAUCUAUCAGGAAUCUGCUAAAUACAGAGUCAGCUCUAAUUCAUGGUUUAUCCGAAGGGAUUCAGAUUGAUUCCUUGAUUAUGGGACCUGAAGAUUCCGCAGAAGAGAACAUCUCCACUGUUGAAUACCAGGAGCUUUCAGAAAUACAGAAAUGGCAUAUAGAUUUUCCCGACAAGCUUGAUGUUUUGCUAGCUGAGAGAAGAGUGGAUGAAGCACUGGAUGCCCUGGAUGAAGCAGAAAGAAUUGCUGUUGAUGCAGAAAAGCAACAGACUCUUGCCACAGCUGACAUUGUUGCUUUGAAGGAGAUUAUCUCUGAUAAUCGUCAAAAGUUGUCAGAUCAGCUUGCUGAAGCUGCCUGCCAGUCUUCUACUUGUGGCAUUGAACUUCGUGCUGCAGCUUCUGCUCUCAAGCGACUUGGUGAUGGACCUCGUGCUCAUAGUUUGUUGCUCAGUGCACAUAACCAAAGGCUUCAGUCCAAAAUACAAACAACACGUCCGUCUAGCACAGGACAUAGUGUGGCUUACACUGCGUCUCUUGCAAAGCAAGUUUUCUCUGUCAUAGCUAAUGCUCUCAGUGACUCUAUGGAAGUGUUUGGUAAUGAACCAUCUUAUACCUCUGAACUAGUUACUUGGGCUACUAAGCAGGCAAUGGAGUUUACCUUGCUUGUAAAGAGGCAUGCUUUAGGCUCUUGUGCAGCUGCUGGGGGCUUAAGAGCUGCUGCCGAGUGCGUUCAGAUAGCACUUGGUUAUACCUCCUUGUUAGAAGCUCGUGGUCUGUCACUUUCAGCAGUUCUGUUGAAACAGUUCAGACCCUGUGUUGAGCAAGCAUUAGAUUCCAAUUUGAGGAGAAUCGAAGAGAGUACUUCUGCAUUAGCGGCAGCUGAUGACUGGGCACUAAUCUAUCCUCCAACUGGUAUAAGAACAUUUGCUAGAGCAUCUGCUGGUAAUUUGGCACUCCAGCCGAAGCUCUCGAGCAGUGCCCAUCGGUUCAAUUCAAUGGUUCAGGAUUUCUUUGAGGAUGUUGGGCCACUGCUUAGCUUGCAGUUGGGUGGUUCUACAAUGGAUGGGCUUCUGAAAAUAUUCAGUACAUAUGUCGAUUUGCUCGUGAGUGCACUGCCAGGCUCAAUGGAUGAUGAAGCAAAUUUGGAAGGUUUAGGAAAUAAGAUUAUUCGCAUGGCAGAGACUGAGGAGCAGCAAUUAGCAUUGUUAGCCAAUGCAUCCUUACUUGCUGAGGAGUUGUUACCUAGAGCAGCUAUGAAGCUCUCAUCUGUAAACCAGGCCAGCAUGGGUAGUAUGCGUAUAAGGGGUCCAGACAAGCAAAACCGUGCAGAGCAACGUGAAUGGAAAAGGAAGCUGCAACAUAUGGUGGAUAAACUUAGAGAUAGUUUCUGCAGGCAGCAUGCUCUUGAUCUUAUAUUCACAGAAGAAGGUGACACCCAUCUCAGUGCAGAAAUGUACAUCAAUAUGGACAAUAAUGCUGAAGAGACAGAAUGGGUUCCAUCUCUAAUUUUUCAGGAAUUAUACACAAAACUGAACAGGAUGGCGAGCAUCGCCGCAGAGAUGUUUGUUGGCAGGGAAAGGUUUGCUACGUUGCUGAUGAUGCGGCUGACUGAAACAGUCAUACUGUGGCUCUCGGAUGACCAGAGCUUCUGGGAGGAAAUCGAAGAGGGGCCAAGAGCCCUUGGCCCCCUUGGACUUCAGCAGUUCUACCUGGACAUGCAGUUUGUCAUCCUUUUCGGGCAAGGCCGGUUCUUGUCCCGGCACGUGCACACUGUCAUACUGAACAUAAUCGAUAGAGCGAUGGCAGCAUUCUCUGCUACUGGAUUGGAUCCUGAUAGCGCGCUUCCGAGCGACGACUGGUUCAUUGAAAUCGCGCAGGACAACAUCAGCAGGAUCAGCGGGAAGGCCCGGGCCGGCAACUCGGAGAGGGAGGUGCACAGCCCGACGGCCUCUGUCUCGGCGCAGUCUGUGUCGUCGGCCAGGUCCCACGGCAGCUCCUAG